AUGCAUCCUUUGCACCACGCUGGUUGUGGUCCUGCCGCGUGGGUGCGGUGGUGGCGGUGCAGCAGUGCUGGUCGGUUGCGCUGUGCAAUCUCACCAGCAGUGACUGCGAGGCCAGGGUCAACCUCUUCAACUCCGAGCCAGGGUGGCAGGAAUGGCACCACCAACGCCACAACCACGAUCACCAACAACAGCGCCCAUGACACGGAACCCUCGAUUCUGCACCAGAUUCGAGAUGCUGCAGAACAACAGUGCGCAGUUGCCAUGGACAGCGCGUACCAGCCGUUGCUCGGAUGCAGUGACUAUCCACCAGACAUACUCCAGGAGGCCGAUCGGAUGUAUUGCGCAUUCAAGGCCAAGUGUGCUGAUGCUGAAGCCGUGCACGCAGUACUUUCGCAUCGUGAGCAGCAGCAGCAACAACAACAACAACAACAGCAGCAGCAGCAGCAACAACAACAACAGCAGCAUCAUCGAACCACCACCAAGAGUCGCGCGUACAACCACAUCCCAAGGUUGCGCGAGUGCCUGAUUUGGGCGCUUGCUCUCUCGGGAAGGCGGCACGAAGCGCUGACACAAGCGCGGUUGCUUGGCGUGAGAACGGGCAGCAAACCCACCGCCACGACCGCCAACAACGAUGAUAGCAACAACGACAACGUCGCUGCCUCAACUUCCCGCACUUCAGCUGCCAGCCACCGCAUGUCCGUGGAUGGAUACAACGCGCUCGUGUUUGCAACUGCCCGCUUCGGCAAAGACCCAAGGUGGUGGGUUCGUUCAAUGAGCGCCGUAGGCCUGAAGCCUGAUGCAGACACGUCCAUCGCGGUGCUGUGCCGCUUGGUGGCGUUCGGCCAAACAAAAGACCUGUGCAAGAGGCUGUCGCCCGUGCUGCUUGAACUCAGGGAGGCAGAAGCAGCAGCGCACACAGCGUUGGCAGCACCAACGGCGAUCCCAGCUGUGCGGAAAGCCUCCUGCGUCGCGGACCACGUGGUGCCAUUGCUGCACUGCUGCUAUGACCUGCGCGACGCACAACAAGCACGGGCGAUCGACACCUUGCUGCGCGUGCGGCUUGGACUCUCGCACACGUUUCUAUCGGCACAGGCCACGCUUCGCGUUUUCGGCGUGUGUGGGCAGAUUGCAGACGCAGAGCAGCUGAUGCAGCACUUGCAGAGCACACCGGCAUGGCACGACACGUUCAGCACGGCGCAGAAGCAGGCGUUGCAUGAGGAGCGGCUGCGUGCCAAGUGCGUGAUGGGCUUCCCUCUGGAUGCCGAGCAGGACUUGGUGGCCGUGCUGUCAGAAGGCAUUCCUGUCACGCAGCGCAUGCUCCGGUUCAUCGCUGCGGGCUACACGGCGUGCCGGGAUGUGGAUGGCGUCAAAUCCGUGUUCCGGCGCGUGGCGCGCGACAUGGACCGCGUGCCGGUCGAGGACGAGACAGUCAACCAGAUGAUGACGAGCUUUGCCGUGCUGCGCCAGCCGGACGACUGCGAGAACAUCCUGCAGGCCAUGACGGAGCACGGAUUUGUGCCAACGCACGAGACAUACGGCCUGUUGCUGGAGGCGCACGCGCGGGCGUGGGGCCCCAGUGCUGCUGAGGACAGGCUGGCACAGCUGCAGGAAGCUGUGGGGCUGCAGCCGCAGCUGCCCGAGUUCCACGCGCUCAUGGUGGGGUAUGCGCAGGCGCGUGACCCAGAGGGGUGCCGGGAGGUGUUUGACACGGCCGUGCGCGCUGGGCUGAAGCUGAAUCACCGGACGCUGUGCACGCUGGCACGGACGUAUGCGCUGGCGGGCGACUACGUGCAGGUGGAAACCAUCCUGUACGAGACCAUGCGUCAGCACAAGGUGCGCACGCGCCCGGCUGCGUUUCUACACCUGGUCAACGCCUACUUCAACGGCAACGAGCUCACGCGCAUGGUGGACCUGGUGCUGAACCAGAGCAUCAAGCACGCGCGACGCACGUACCAGCGAUCUGUGAGCCUGCUCGCGCGCACGCAGCAGGUGGAGUGGCUGUGCGAUGUGGUUGCACGCAUGGUGGAGGAGAUGUCCGUGGACAAGCAAGUUGUGAACAUGUGCACGCGUGUCCUGUGCAACACCAACCUGGAUGUUGCUGUGCGGCAGCGACUGCUGGAUACCCUAUGUACUGCCGGCGCUCGCUUCUCACGCGCACACAUGCGCCGGCUCGCAACGGCUGGCGACCUCUCUUUGCCACAGCGCCCAUGACGACAGAAACGAGCUUCUUUUUGUGGAUCAAGUGAAGGAACGUAGGGGUAGGAGAGGAGCACAGGGUGUGUGCUUUGUGUGGGGGGGGGGCUGUGUGUGUGGGUGUGCAUGUGUGUGUUGUGUUGUGUGUGUGUGGCAGUGUGUGUGUGGCAGUGUGUGUUUGACGUGCGUGCGUGUUUGCGUGAUGUACUGUACAUGUGAUUGAGCAGGGAUAUGUGUUUGGUUAGAUUGCGUGAUUCGUGCCAUGCAUGGCGCACGCGGGGCCUGCUUGAUGACACGAUGAUUGCGUGCAUGCACGUGUUCGAAGUUUUGCCACCUGCUGUCAAUGAAGAGCGGCUGGGCUGUUCGUUCUCUGCCGGUACUCGAUUGUGCUUGCCUUCACUGGCCUCUCCGUAAUGCUCGCUGUGUUGCAAAGCUAUUCACUGUAAACGCAUGAGGACAA